UCGCUCCGCGGAGCGGAGCAUUGCCGAACAGUGACUAAAUGCCGACAGAUGCCUGACCGCCCCUAUCACUAUCUAUCUCAAGGCACAGUCGGAGCCGAGCGCACAUGUUCCGAUCUGGUCUCAUGUCCCCUGCUCCCGCCACUCCGGCGAGCUGAUUCCGAGCCCCUCCGCCGCCGCCGGCCCUUCUUCUCCUGCGCCUACCACGCUAGCCCCCUCGCUCAAGGCUGUGCGCACGUCCUCCAGCUCCCGGCCCCUACUCUUGUCAUCGGCGAUGUGGCCUCUUCUACUACUGCUUCUGUUGCCUUACGCAUUCCAACCGGCAUCAUCAACACCACUCAACGAUAAGUCCGACGGCGAUGCCUUGCUGGCCUUCAAGGCAAGCCUGAGCGACCAGCGACGUGCACUGGCUGCGUGGAACACAACCACUGCUUUCUGCUCGUGGCCAGGUAUCACCUGCAGCCUGAAGCACAAGCGCAGGGUUACAGUGCUUAACCUCACCUCGGAGGGCCUCGCCGGCAAAAUCACACCAUCAAUCGCAAACCUCACGUUCUUGAAGAUCCUAGACCUCAGCCGGAACAGAUUCCACGGCGAAAUGCCUUGGUCAAUCGGUUCUUUAUCUCGUUUACGGUACCUUGAUCUGUCCAGCAACUCGCUUCGUGGUGAUGUGAACGCUGGCUUGAAGAACUGCACCAGCCUUGAAGGUAUCAAUCUUGACUUCAACCUCUUCACCGGGACCAUCCCUGCCUGGCUUGGAGGAUUGUCAAAGCUCAAGGUCAUACAUCUCGAGAGUAACAACUUCACCGGGAUGAUCCCGCCGUCACUUGCCAACCUAUCAGCGCUAGAACAAAUCUAUUUCGGCAAAAACCACCUUGGUGGUACCAUCCCUGAGGGCCUUGGCAGGCUCGGUGGUCUUGCAUACGUCUCCCUCGGACUUAACCAUUUAUCAGGCACCAUCCCUGCAACUAUCUUCAACCUUUCAUCUCUAGUUGCAUUUAGUGUGGCAGCCAAUGAGUUGGAUGGUAAGCUGCCCCAUGACUUGGGGGAUCACGUCCCGCACCUCAUGGGCCUCUUCCUCGGGUUGAACAGCUUUACAGGAAGCCUUCCAGCUUCUCUUGUCAAUGCAACUCACAUAAGGUUUCUAGACAUCUCCUUCAACAACAUCACCGGAACAGUGCCUCCUGAGAUUGGAAUGCUCUGUCCACAAGUCCUCAAUUUUGAGAGUAACCAGCUAAUGGCAGCUACUGCCCAGGACUGGGAGUUUAUGACAUUCCUCACAAACUGCACACGCCUCAGGAACCUUUGCAUCCAGGCCAACGUGCUAGGUGGCAUGCUGCCAAGCUCAGUUGCCAACCUAUCAGCACAUCUGCAACAAUUUAUCUUUGGAUUUAAUGAAAUUUCUGGAGAAUUGCCAUUUGGGAUAAGCAAUCUUGUCGGGCUAAAUGUGUUGGACUUCCCUCACAACCAAUUUACUGGUGUCUUGCCUGACAGCAUCGGAAGGCUAAAUUUGCUUCAACAAUUGUAUUUCAAUAAUAAUCAAUUUUCAGGAUCCUUGCCAUCCACCCUCGGGAACUUGACACAGCUGCUAGUUCUUUCAGCUGGCAGCAAUAAGUUUAAGGGGGGGCUUCCAGCAGGCCUAGGGAACCUCCAGGAGAUAACUGAAGCAGACUUUUCAAACAAUGAGUUCUCAGGUCCAUUACCAAAAGAGAUGUUUAACUUAUCAACCCUGUCCAAUACACUGGAUUUGUCAAACAAUUUUUUGGUUGGCUCUCUUCCACCUGAAGUUGGCAGUCUAACAAAGCUUACAUACAUGUAUGUAUCCAUGAACAACUUAUCAGGACCGCUACCUGAUACACUUGGCUAUUGCCAAAGCUUGAUAGAGCUCAAGUUGGACCACAACCACUUCAAUAGUACCAUUCCCUCGUCUAUCAGCAAAAUGCAGGGCUUGGCAUUUCUAAAUCUUUCCAAGAAUACACUCUCCGGUGUGGUUCCUCAAGAGUUAGGACUCAUGGACGGCAUUCAGGAAUUGUAUCUUGCACACAACUACUUGUCCGGUCAUAUCCCUGAAAGCUUGGAAAACAUGGCAUCACUGUACCAGUUAGACCUGUCCUUCAAUAAUCUGAAUGGCAAAGUUCCAUCGCAGGGUGUGUUCAGGAACGUUACUGGAUUUUUGUUUGAAGGGAAUUCGAGGCUUUGUGGUGGUAACUCAGAAUUACGGUUGCCCCCAUGCCCGCCGCCAGAAUCAAUUGAACACAAGAGAACACACCAUUUCAUUAUCGCAAUAGCUAUCCCGAUUGUUGUCAUAAUUCUGUGCUUGAGUGUGAUGCUUGUUUUCUUCAAAAGGAGAAAGAAAGCAAAAGCUCAAUCCACAUCCACAGAUGGAUUUCAAUUGAUGGGUGGCAAUUAUCCAAGAGUUACUUAUGUUGAACUGGCCCAGGGAACAAGUGGCUUUGCCACAGCCAAUUUGAUUGGUAGAGGAAUGCAUGGAUCAGUGUAUAGGUGUGAUUUGUUGCUGAAUAAUACGAUGACCACAGUAGCGGUGAAGGUUUUUGAUCUCCAACAGACUGGUUCUUCCAAAAGUUUUCUAGCAGAGUGUGAAGCACUUAGUAAAGUUCGCCAUCGUAAUUUGAUCAGUGUCAUAACUUGCUGCUCAAGCUCUGACCCAAGCCAAAACGACUUCAAAGCUCUUGUGUUCGAGUUUAUGCCCAAUGGGAACCUGGACAGGUGGUUGCAUCCGGAUGUACAUGAUGCAUCACAGCAACUGCAAGGAUUGACAUUGAUGCAGAGAUUAAAUAUUGCAGUCGAUAUUGCUGAUGCACUAGAUUACUUACACAACAACUGUGAACCAUCAAUAGUUCACUGUGACUUGAAGCCAAGCAACAUUCUUCUCAACGAGGAUUUAGUUGCUCAUGUUGGGGACUUUGGCCUUGCAAAGAUUCUUUCCGAACCAGCAGCCGAGCAACUGGUUAACUCAAAGAGCUCGAUUGGGAUAAGAGGAACAAUUGGUUACGUCGCUCCAGAAUAUGGCGAAGGUGGUCAAGUUUCUUCGCGUGGGGACGUAUACAGCUUCGGGAGUGUCAUCCUCGAGUUGUUUAUAGGCAUGGCACCUACUCAUGACAUGUUCAGAGACGGGCUUACCUUGCAAAAACAUGCCAAGAAUGCAUUUCCAGGGAUGCUGAUGCAGAUAGUUGAUCCAGUCCUGCUGCUGUCCAUUGAAGAAGCUAGCGCGGGUUGUUUGCUGGAUGGAAGCAACAACACAAUGGAACAUACCAGCAAUGCCAUAUCCUCUGUCAUAAAGGUUGCCCUAUCAUGCAGCAAGCACGCACCCACCGAGAGAAUGUGCAUAGGAGAUGCAGCUGCUGCGAUUCACGGCAUAAGGGAUAGCUAUGUUAGACUAAGGCAAAAGGAGUGACAAGGUCAGCAGUAUGCUGAAACAUCCAGGUCAUGUACACUUAAUUGGCUUUUAUAUGGUGGUUAUGUUUGGCGUUCCAAGCUUGGUUUUGGUUUGUUCGUUUCUGGCUUGUCAUGUUUGUCCAGCUUAUCGAUCUGUCCUUUCCACCUUAUGUGUCAAGUUCCCUAUUAAGAACUGGUAACCCGCAAUGAGAUGUAUUGUCAUGUAAA